GCGACGGAGAGCGAGGAUGCCGGGGAAGCAGAGACGUUCCAGGGCGGCAGGGACAUCACGGGAACGCGGCGACAGCGAUGGAAGGCGACAUCCAGGGCAGCGGUGACGAGCGGUGACGGUCCGGAGCGGCGGGGACAGGCAUGUGCACCAUGACUGUGGACUCUCAGCAAUCCCCCAAUGAGGCUUCCAGCCCUAUGGGGAGCUCCCCCAACCUGUCCAUGGAGUCACCAGGCUCAGUCAGGGCCAAGGAAGGAGUUUCCAUCAAGUGUGAGCCCAAGGGCAGCUGUAGCCCCUCAGAGGAGACCAAUCCUGGACAACAUGAGGAGCAUAUCCAGACUUCAGGUGGAAGGAGAAGAAAACGUCCAGUCCAAAGGGGGAAACCUCCCUACAGCUAUAUAGCUCUGAUAGCAAUGGCCAUAGCCAACUCUCCAGAGAGGAAGCUCACCCUGGGGGGUAUCUACAAGUUCAUCAUGGAAAGGUUCCCCUUCUACAGAGAAAACUCAAAGAAAUGGCAAAACUCCAUCAGGCACAACUUGACUCUCAAUGACUGCUUUGUGAAGAUCCCCAGGGAACCUGGCCACCCAGGGAAGGGCAACUACUGGACCCUGGACCCGGCAGCAGAGGACAUGUUUGACAAUGGAAGCUUCUUAAGGAGGAGGAAGAGGUUCAAGAGGACAGAUAUCACUACUUACCCCGGAUACAUGCAGAACAGCAGUGCCUUUACCCCAACUCCUACUGGAAGACCAUCCUUUCCCAACAGCCUCUACUCCAGUGUGGGAUCUGGUUACAACCACCAGAUACACCCAACUUCACAUCACCACCACCCAGCCAUGGUACAUCACUACCAAGCCCCUGGUGGACCUGCCCAAGGUCAGCACAGGAUGUUCAGCAUAGACAGCUUGAUCAACCAACAGUCCAUGAUGCAACCAUCUCCAGGGUCAGAACUCAACCAUCACUCCAUUGGGCUGAAUGGGGACCUUGAGAACAUGGGCAACAGCUGCUCUGUGGGGGACCUCUCCUGUUUCCAGACUCAAUCUGUCAGCCCCACCGGUGUAGGGUCACUAAUGAACAGAUCUAAUAAUCCAAUGUCUUCCAACCUGACCUAUUCCUACUCCUCAUCUCCACCUCCUCAUAUCUCUGUGCCCCAGACCAGCUAUUCUCCCAAUAACUCCCAGAUCUAUGGCGCAUCCAAUAGACUUUCUAUGAGGCCUGCAGCCUGUAUAGGACACACAGAACAACUGCUGACAUUACCGGCCCCACAGAUGAAUGGAGUUUGUCAGUAUAAUAACAAUUCCUACAUGAGACAACCCAACUUUUCUUCUGGGCUUGAGAGAUACAUGUAGUAUUAUUCAUCGUCGAUAUUUUAUGACCUUUUUAUUUGACUUCAGACAUUCCAGAACUUUAUGACUGAUCCUUCUAUUCCAGGUGAUGUCAGAUAUGAAAUAUAAUGCACUGAAUAUGUCAUAUGUUACUUAUUGUUUAUUAUUAAGUCUUAUACUUUGUUUUCAAUACAUUUCUUUGUAGCAGAGAAAUAAACCUUGUC